AUGCUUACCGGCGGGGAUUCGCGACGCGCAUCCAAAGUGUCGAUGUCGCGCGUCGAGACAGGCGUUAGCAAUACCAAUGCGGAUCGCACCCUGGAAGGCAUGGGCUACACGCCCGAACUGUCGCGCAACCGUUCCAUCUGGCAGGUCACCUUUAUGUGCUUCAUUCUCUCCUCGGUUCCUUACGGCCUGUCUACUACGCUCUACUAUCCGCUCGUCGCUGGUGGUCCCGCCAACAUCGUCUGGGGCUGGGUCUGCGUCUCCUUCCUCAUUCUCUGUGUCGCCAUCUCGCUCGCCGAAAUCACCUCGGUUUACCCGACGGCCGGUGGCGUCUACUACCAAACAUUCGUAUUAUCACCUCUCUGGUGUCGACGAGUAGCCUCGUGGAUCUGCGGCUGGUCCUACGUGGCGGGCAACAUCACGAUCACACUGGCUGUGAACUUCGGAACCGCCUUGCUCUUUAUCGGCUGUCUCGACGUCUUCGGUCAAAAUGCCGCCGGCGAAGGCAUCACCAGCAACUUCCAGGCCUAUCAAACCUUUUUGAUUUUCCUGGCGAUCACCCUGUUAACCCACGCCAUCUCGGCCUUUUGUAACAAGUGGCUCCCAUGGUUGGAGACGUUCGCCAUCUUUUGGACUAUUGCCGGACUGAUGGCAAUCGUCAUCUGUCUCCUGGUCAUUGCCAAGGGCGGUCGUCGCGAAGCUGAUUGGGUGUUUGGCAACUUUGAGCCCCAGGCUGGAUGGCCUGCCGGCUGGUCUUUCUUCAUCGGUCUCCUGCAGGCUGCCUAUGCCACUUCGGCCACAGGCAUGAUUAUCUCUCUCUGCGAAGAAGUACGCGAGCCCGCUGUCAUGGUCCCCAAGGCCAUGGUGGGAACUAUUGUGAUCAACUUUGUCGCCGGUCUCAUCUUCCUCAUCCCAGUCUGCUUUGUGAUGCCACUGGACCUCACUAGCCUCAUCAACGCAUCCCAACCCCUUCCGGUCAUCUUUUUGAAUGCCGUUGGUAACCCGGCCGGUGCUUUCUGCUUGACAAUUCCCUUGCUGGUUCUGGGUCUCAUUUGCGGUGUCGGUUGCGCCACGGCCACCUCGCGCUGCACCUGGGCCUUUGCUCGUGAUGGUGGCAUCCCUGGUUCCGGCUGGUGGCGCUCGGUGAACAAGAAGCUGGAUAUCCCUUUUAACGCAUUGGUAUUGGGCAUGGUGGUUGAGAUCUGCCUGGGUGCUAUCUAUUUCGGCUCCUCUGCAGCUUACAAUGCCUUUUCAGGUGUCGGUGUCAUCUUUUUGACCAUGAGUUACGCCUGCCCCGUUGCUGUCUCCCUGAUCUUCCGUCGCCGCGAGGACAUCAAGAACGGUAGCUUCAACUUUGGCAUCUUUGGUGCCAUUGCAAAUGUGGUCGCCCUCGGAUGGAGUCUUCUCGCCAUUCCUCUCUUCUGCAUGCCAACCACCAAGUCCGUGACUAAGGAAACUAUGAAUUAUGCGUCGGUUGUCUUUUUCGGGUUCGUGCUGAUUGCAGCUAUCUGGUAUGGCGUCUGGGGCUACAACAACUACCGCGGCCCGCCCACCGAUGCCGUGGAUCAUCACGACGAUAGCGACUCUCUCCCCGAAGCAACUGAGGAACUCCCCGACAAGUUGAAGGACAAAGUCAAAAGCCGUUAA